AUAGAAAAAAUAAAAAACUAAAGACCAAACAUAGAAGAACCAUAGUUUCUUUCUUUGUAGAAAGAAAAAGAAAGUGUUUGUUUGACUUGACUCCAAAAAAUCAUAUAUUCAACCCAAUUCUCCCGCUAAUCUCGCCUCAACAAACACACAUUUCCCUCCUUUUCCUUUAUGUCCCAAAACCUCAUUGUCACUUUUUUCUUCAACUAAACUAAACAAACUCAACACAAUGAUUCUCUUCUUCACCUUCUUAUUAUCCAUCAUCACUACCACCAUCUCCACCUCCACUCCAACCCGAUCUCCCCCGUCCUUUCUCUACGGUAAUUUGUCCUCUUACCACAUUAACUGCGGCACUUCAACUAACACAACUGACAACUUCAACACAACAUGGCUCUCCGACCGUUACUACACCGGCGGCUCAACCUCCGUCGUAUCGGAGCCACUCCGUUUCAACCUCCCAUCGGAAAAAACUCUCCGCUACUUCCCUUCUUCUUCCAACGGUAAAAAAAACUGCUACUCUUUCCCCUCUCUUCCCUCAUCUCGUUACCUUCUUCGUACUUUCACCGUCUACGAUAACUACGACGAUAAGUCUCGUCCUCCUUCAUUCGACGUCGCACUCUCCUCCACCAUCAUUUUCAACUGGCGUUCUCCAUGGCCUGAAUCGAGUUCUCGCGACGGUGCUUACUCUGAUCUCUUUGCCUUUCUCGCCACUCCUUCUACCGCCGAUCUUUGCUUUUACGGUUUCGCUACCGAUGCUCCGAUUGUUUCUUCAAUCGAGCUUGUUCCUGUUGAUUCUUCUUCAUACGAUUCUCUCUCCACCGGAGAAAAUGUUAUUUUAGUUAACUACGGUAGAAUUUCAUGCGGUUCUGAUGAUCAUUUCGGUCCUGGUUUCACCAACGACAGUGACAAAUUCGGCCGGUCAUGGCAACCGGACGAAGCAUUCCGAAUCGGAUCGGAAAUAGCGGUUCGAGGUUUGUUAACGGAGAAUACAGUUAACGGUAGUGAUAAAGAACCGAAUUAUUUUCCGAUGAAGCUUUAUCAAACGGCUGUGACGUCAGAGGAGGAUGAAUUGGAGUACGAAUUGAGUGUGGACGCGAAGAUGGACUAUAUGGUGUGGCUGCAUUUUGCUGAGAUUGAUUCUAGAGUGAAAAAAGAAGGAGAAAGAGUGUUUGAUGUGUUCAUCAAUGGAAACAAUGUAACAAGAAUUGAUAUAUACAAAGAAGUGGGAAGUUUUACUGCUUUUACUUGGCAUUAUACUGUUAGAAAUUUGAGUAGUAAUGUUUUGGGGAUUAAGCUUGUAGCUGUUUCUGGUGCUCCUUUGAUUAGUGGUUUUGAGAAUUAUGCAUUGGUGCCUAAUGAACCUUCAACUCACCCUCUUCAAGUAAGUGCAAUGAAGGCAUUGAAGGAAUCGCUUCGUGUUCCGGGUAGAAUGGGAUGGAAUGGUGAUCCUUGUGCUCCUACAACUUGGGAUGCUUGGGAGGGUGUUACUUGCCGUAUGAGUGACGAUAAAACUGCUCUCCUCAUUACUGAAAUAAAUCUUGGCAGUCAAGGCUUAAAAGGGAACAUCAGUGACCAGAUUAGUCUUUUAUCAGACUUAGUAAUCCUGAACAUGAGUUCUAAUUCCUUGCGAGGCGAAAUACCAUCAGGACUAGGUCAAAAGUCCCUGAUUCAAGUGGAUUUAUCCAAUAAUCAGUUAACCGGCUCUAUACCUGACAGUUUGGCAUCUUCGAAUCUGCAGCUUGUGCUAUUGAAUGAUAACCUAUUGGAAGGACGAGUACCAGAGCAACUUUAUUCUGUUGGCGUGCAUGGUGGAGCUAUCGAUCUCUCUGGCAACAAGGGUUUGUGCGGUGCACCAUCUCUACCAUCAUGUCCUAUGUUUUGGGAGCAUGGGAGAUUAUCGAGUCCGGGUAAAAUUGCAAUAGGCUUGUCAUGUCUUUUUGUUUUCUGCGUGGUACUGCUGCUGGUAUAUAUCUACAUCAGAAGGAAAAGGAACGAUUAUGACUUUGGUCUACCCCAUGAAAUAACGGCUCUAGCGGCGAAGAGAAACAAAUAUCAGAGACAGAAAUCGUUGAUGCUUCUUGAGCUGGAGAGUCAACACGCUAGGGGAUUCCCUUCACCUUUUACUCCACAAUAACAUGGUUUAAUGAAAAUAGAAGAUUGAUUUCGCAGUUUUCAGCUAAAUAUACAUAGUUACUGCAUAAAGAAAAUAAUUCAAUGUAAGCUUGCAACACCCCUGCUCGACCUUGAUGCAAUGCAAUGCUGCUUCAGCACAAUGAAGAUUCUGCAUGCAAAGUGCUAUCAUGCACUAUGACAAUCGCUACCUCUACCUAAACCAUCAUAUAUAUAAGAGGCAUGCCCCGGUUAUAUCACUAGUCUUCUGUACCUUUUGAGGAAUGAAUGCCUGUAGGAAAAACUCGUCAAUUUAUACCAUUUUAGGUGCAAGUUUAGUGUCUGGUUUUUCAAGUUACACCAAAUUCACUUGAUUCUUAACACUGUAUAUUGAUUUAUAUAAUCAAAAUUAGUGAGCGAGUUUUAUCUA